GGAACUGGGAGGUGUGUACGAGGGAGUAAAUUCUGAGUGGUUGACGGAAAGCCGUGGAUACGGCACCUUUCGACCUGCACUGGGCUUGACUGUAUUAUAGCGAAGUGAGGCUUGGGCGACUCAAAUUGACACGUGGUGACAGCGGGGUUGAGGGCAAGUAGUGCUCGCUCGAGGGGAUUCGACUGUGACCAAUUCCGCCAGGGUUGAUAGACGAGUAGCAGAAAGCUUAGAACCUAAUGACGUCGCUAGCAAUGGUCGCUCGAGCGGACUCGCGCCUCGACGACAGAGCAGGCGACGACUGCCACUGCUCGCGCUGUCAAGACGGCAUGACGUGGCAAGGCCGCUUGACUUGCCAAGGCCGCUUGACUUGCCAAGGCGGCUUGACUUGCCAAGGCGGCUUGACUUGCCAGGACGGCUUGAUUUGCCAAGACGGCUUGACUUGCCAAGACGGCUGGACCGGCGAAGGCGGCCUGACUUGCCAAGGCAAUUCAGCUCGCCGUGGGCGGUGGGACCCCACGUGCUGUUGCCUACGACCACGCAAUUUGCCUCCAAGUUUCCAGUGUGACGCAACUUGCGGGGAACUUUCGCGGACAAGCGAAAGCGGUGGGUGCGAUGGGUUUCAGUGCAGUGACCCCCUCCGAUGUGACUGUAACGGGAGGUGCAACGGUUCCUCGUCAGCUGUAGACGCUGGCCUCCGCCUAGUCUACCUCCCCCAAACCGACCUCCCCCCAUGCGACCUCCCCCAAUCCAACCGCCCCCAGUCCGACCGCCCCCAAUCUGACCGCCCUCAUGCACACUGCAGUGCGGAUCUCUCUCCGCGAUAUCCGCCGCAUUCCACGCUUGGCUUCUUCGCACAUCCCCUCCGCGCCCUUGUCGUCUUCCUCCUCCUCCUUCUCUCCCCCCUCUCCCCCUCCCCCUUCUCCCCCUCCCUCCGCGUGGCAUGGGCGCAGGGCGAUGCUCUCGCCAUCAUCACAGGGCCCCCGCCGUGCCCCCGCGGCCAGCGGCGGUGCUACGGCGCGCAGAUUGCGACCACCAGCGCGGGGGAUGGGGGGGCGGGGAUCGGGGCCGCGCGGACAGCAGCGAGUAUCAGCGCACGGAGCAGCAGCAGCACCGCAAGCAGCACUGCAGUUGCCACCAAAAGUAGCAGCAACAGUGGUAGUGUUAUCAGCACAAGCAGCAGCACCAGCAGCAGCAGCAGCGGCAACGAGGCAUCAGGAGGCACGUGCGUGGCCGUGGCCUCCACGUGCCCUGCGCUCUGCAUGGCCGGGCAGACGGUGUGCCCAGACGGCAGCGCGUGCCUCAGCACGUGGAUGGCAUGUGACGGCCAUGUGGACUGCGCUGACGGGUCGGACGAGAGUGACGUGGCGUGUGAGGGGAAGACACCACCACAGGAUGGGGAAGGGGAGGGGAAGACGGGGCAAGGGGAGGGGGAGACGGGGCAAGGGGAGGGGGAGACGGGGCAAGGGGAGGGGGAGACGGGGCAAGGGGAGGAGGGAGCGGACGAAGGGAGCGGGACAAGUGAUGCUACUGGUGACAGUGGCAGUGGUGACAAUAACGAAGACCUCUCAGAGGCACAAAAUGAUACCUCAAACUGCCCGCCAGGCUUCAUCCCCUGCCCGUCCUCGUUCCUCUCCUCCUCCUCCUCCUCUCCCACCUGUCACAAGGGCGCUCUCUGCGAUGGCAUCAACGAUUGUCCCUUGGAGCCUGACCCUCUCCCCCCCUCCUCCUCCUCUUCUCUCAUGCUCCCCUACUCAAUUGACGAACACCCCCUCUUCUGCGCCUUUUUCACCUGCCCGCCGGGCUACCGGAAAUGUUUGAACGGGUUCGUCUGCCUCAGCGAGAAGCUGUGGUGUGACGCGGUGAACGACUGCCCGAGUGUAGACCUGGUAACCGGAAAAGUUAUGUCGGUUAGAGAGGCAGCAGAUGCAAUGGCAGCGGUGGUAGCAGCAGCCGCAGCCGCAAGAACAGCGGGUUUUGCAGGCAGUGCUCAAACUGCUUCUACUGGAGAUACUGCUUAUAACGGAGCAGCUUAUAAAGUGGUGGGGUCUGUGGUUUAUACCGAGGAUGAGAACCCGUCCAUGUGUGAGAAACAUGUGUGUCCGGGCGGCACCAUGCGGUGCGAAGUGAACAGUAAAUGCGUGGAUGCCGCUCGCUGGUGCGACGGCGUCAUCGACUGCCCGGUGACUAUAACGGGCAAUGUGACUAAAAAGGGAGGGAAGGUCAGCAGCAGCAGCAUCGGGGGGAAGGGCAGUGCAGUGGUGGUGACUGGGGAGGACGAGGAUCCGAGUAUGUGUGCUGACUGGAGCUGUCCGGGGUCGGCUCGCAAGUGCAGCAACGGGGUGCAAUGUGUGGUGCGGGAGCGAUGGUGUGACGCGGUGAGCGACUGCCUUCCCGAUUCAAACUCCUCCUCUGCCUCCUCCGGUUCACAAUCAGCAGCAGCAGCAGCAGCAGCAGCAGCAGCAGCAGCAGCAGCAGCAGCAGCAGCAGCAGGCCCAUCAUCAUCACCAUCUGAUGCAGAGAAGCCGUUCGAUGACGAGGAUCAAGCCAUGUGUGCAGCGUUGGACUGCCCAGAGGGCUACAGCAGGUGCAGCAACGGGUGGCAGUGCUUAGCGGAGCACCGCUGGUGCGACAGCACCACUGACUGCAUCGACCCUGGCGGUGCCAGCAGCAGCACGGCAACCCAGCAAGCAGGGUCGUCCAGUGACAAGGUUGCGGCGGGGUCGUCUCUAGAGGCGGCAGGCGAUGAGGACCCGGCGUUCUGCCGCUCCUUCCAGUGCCCCUCCGGCCUGGGCAAGUGCAGGAGCGGGGUGCAGUGCGUGCCGCUGAAGAAGGGCGCGGGGAUUGACUCCAGCAAGUGCAAAGGUAGCAACAACAGCAGUGCAGAUCAGCAGGCUGACAACGAAGACCGGCCAUGGGACGCUGGAGACGAGGAAUCUGACCCGGGCAGCGAGCAAACCGGCAGCAAAAAAAGCGGGAAAGGGAAGGGGAAAGGUGAUGGUGGUUCGGGAGGUGGGGCGGGAGGGGGGAGAGGAGGAGGAGGAGGGGGAGGGAAGAAGGGUGGGGGGGCAGUGGUUGAUGGUUUAAGGAAGGCUGCUGAGAGGGCAAGGAGAGGAGCAGACUCUGUUAUGAAAGGGCUCAAGAAUUUGGGAGGGUCGGGCAAAGGUGGGAAGGGGAAGAAGAAGGGGAAAGGGGGAUGAGAAGAAGUGGAAGGAGCAAGGGGAGAAACGAGAGAGCGAGUUAUCUUGGCGAUACCAACCGCAGCAAGUUACCAGAUGCUCGUAUGUAACUGAGACGGCUUGUCAACCCACCAAGGCAUACCAAAUCAAGUGCCAGCUCAGCUCGCUCUGCCUAUGGCGCUCAAGUGUCAGCGGCACAGUGUGCAAAAGUUGGUGGUCCUCCCAUCCUGUCGUGUGUGCUUGCAGUGCAUACAAGACGGGCUGUGCGUUGGGCUGAGAAAGGUAUUUCCAACACUGUGGAUACUUAUUCUUUUAUUCUUUCAUUGCUUGCGGUUACCGGUAGCUCUCAUUCUUGAA